AAGUGAUUUGUUUUGACAGCGUUGCCUUGGCUAGGGAAGCAACUGCGUUUCAAAGCGUUCUUCCGUCCACUUGAUUAGGUUUUUCGUUUUUCCAUAUUUUCCUUUCGCCUUCGAGAGUAAAUAAGAUCUUCUGAGUGAAUGUGUUGCUUGCUUGAAAAGUAUCAGCUGCGAACAUUAAAUCACCACCAAGAAAGAAACGCUCGAUGAUGUACGAUCAACAGUGCGAUGAGAGGGGCUAUUUGUUGUACCGCAAUCGUUACAACGGCAAAACCGAACAGGACAACCCAAACUUGCUGUUUAUCCUGCUGACAAUCAACGAAAAGUAUGCCGGUUCCCGCUACAGCACCUAUCGGUGUGCCGGAAAGCUGCACGCGCUGCAGAAAGCGCUCUACACAUCGUACAUUCCGUUCGAUAUGGUUCACUCGAUCCUGAACCGUCACCAGCUGAACCUGAUCGACAGCGCACCGUCGAUAAAACCGUCCCAGCUGACCAGCGUCGUGCACGACAUUUACUUCGCCGCCACUCGGAUGGGCUAUUUCGACGAGCUACCGGCACGCCCCAAUCUCGAUGCAAUCUGCGCGAUACUGGCCGGGUUCUUUUGGGCCGUGUUUGAUCCGAAGCGCACCACCCCGGUUUCGGUGCUGGAGCUGCGCCAAACGUUUCUAUUGCUGUGCGAUCACACCAGCCACGGGCAGCUGGUGUGGGAACAUUUCCGGCUUACCAGCGACCACAAUCUGUGCGUGUCGAGGCAUCGUUUUGAAUCGAUGCUUACGGUACUGUCGAAAGUGCUUACCUUUCUCGGCGAACCGGACCACCUGAAACCGUCCAUGGUACAGCAGAUCACGGGUGAAUGUUUCGCCAACUAUCCGGGACUGGUAGGGUUGACCGAGUAUCAAUUUUCCUGCCUGUGGAAGCUUUCGUCGCUGUUUUCCUACUACGCCAACGUGGUGUCGCUGUGCAAACGGCUUCGCGAUACCGAGCACGUUACCCACGGUAUGGUGUGCUACGGGUGCCGGAUCACGAUCCGUGGGCUGCGCUUCAAGUGUCAGCGCUGCCGAAAUGUGUCCCUUUGCAUCGAUUGCUUCACGACCGGGUACAGCAACAAGCGGCACAACAUGGCCCACAAGAUGUACGAAAUUAGCAGCAGCGAUACGGAGGCGGGUUCACGCUGUAACGCCUGGCUGGGGAAGGUGUGGCGAUGGCUAAAGGCGACAAGCAACGAUGCGUGCCAAACCGACGGUUUAACUACCUCCCCAUCCACCUACGAUAAUCUGGAAGCUAAGCUGCUCGAUACGAAGGCGGUCGAUUUGAUGCAGAGCGAGGAAGUCGCGGUGGUCGAGAGUGGAGAGGCUGAUCGCAAAAGCACACAGCGCCGGGAAUCGAUGGUUAACGGUACGCUCAAGCGCAACAUCAGCCUGUUCAGCAGCGUCGAGUACGGUGUGUUUAACAACACGCAGCAAAAGAAUCUGCUCGCCAAGCUGGCCGCACUGGUGGAAACGCUCGAGGAACAGCACGAAGCAACACGGAAGCGGCUGGCCGAAUGUUCCACACCGCAAACGGACGAAAUGCGCGCGCUGUGCGAAAAUUUCGUAACGCAGAUUGGUGAAGGAUUGGCACAGCUAAAGGAUCUCGGGACACAGUUGGGCCAAGGGUUGCCACAAUGCUCCAGCACACCUUACCGUCAGGCAGCCGCUCUUACAUCCGACUGUUCGAGUGAGGCUACAAAAGAAAAAUCUGUGGGACGGUCGCGACUCAUGGAGAAGACGGAACUGUCCGUGCGGGACAUAAGCACCUGGUUCCAUAUGGAUUUGGAACGCGUGCAGCAAACAGGCGAGACAAACGUUCCGGCCGAAACGACGGAAGAGAAAACGAACGCAAAAAGCGACGACCUGUCGUGCCGUAUUGAUCGGCUAAAGAUGGACACACAGAUGGCCAACUUCCGGGAUCUUCUGCUCAAGGUGCGAGAAAUCGUGGACGAUUCGUACAGUGACAAUACGGAGCUCGCGCGCUCCACGCAACAGAUCGAGAAAGCGCUCGAUCGUAUUAUCGCCGAAGAGGAGCUAAAGCGCACCCAGCAACAGCCUCCUCUUCUGCACGUAGUCUAAGCUAAAAGAAGAAAAAAAAAUCGACCACAAGAUUAUUGCUACUGUUCAUAUACACAUACUUUAUAUUCCCCUUCCUUUUUCCAUCAUCGUAUUAACGCGGCACGAUCGGGUUUCGAUUCAAUUUUACAUUAAAAGCACUUUAAUAAAACUGUAAACCACACGCUCCUCUGCCAAGCAAA